UGUAACGGAUGUAAACAAAGUGCAGCGAUCACAGUCAUAGAACAGUUUGCAUUUCAGCAGGAAAAGUGUUGUAAAUUACGCAUUGUCAAGUACAAAAUGGAAGAAUUAUCGAAAGAGGAUACUUUACAGCUAAGGAAGAAAUACAUAGGAGAGGCAUGCAUUUUGUUCUUUGCAAAUGAUCCAUUGAAAAUAACUAGAGCAUCAGGACAGUACAUGUAUGAUGAGAAAGGAAACCAAUAUCUGGACUGUAUAAACAAUGUCUGUCAUGUGGGUCACUGUAAUUCCGCAGUGGUUGAGGCCGGGUACAAGCAGAUGAAAGUGUUGAACACGAACAGUCGCUACCUUCAUGACAACAUUGUACGACUUGCCGAGAAAAUUACCUCAACAUUACCGGAUAAGUUGAAUGUUGUCUACAUGUGUAAUUCUGGAUCUGAAGCAAAUGAUUUAGCGUUGAGACUUGCCAGACAUUACACAAAGGCGAAGGAAAUUAUCACUAUGGAUCAUGCUUACCAUGGUCACAUUACCUCCAUGAUUGACAUCAGUCCAUACAAACUGAAAGUGCAGACUGAUGGUGUUCAUACUUGUCCACGUCAUGUUUAUGUGACACCGUGCCCUGACACGUACAGAGGUAUAUAUGCUGACUGUGAUUACCCAGGGGAAGAUCUCGGCGAGAAAUAUGCAAAUGAGGUUGGUGACAUAUGUAAGGUCAUUCAAUCUAGAGGAAAAAACGUAUGUGCCUUCAUAGCAGAAUCUAUGCAAAGUUGUGGUGGUCAGAUAGUGUUCCCACCUGGAUAUCUGCAGAAAGUUUACAGACAUGUGCGAGCAGCAGGGGGUGUGUGUAUUGCAGAUGAAGUACAAGUUGGCUUUGGGCGGGUUGGCAGUCAUUUCUGGGCAUUUCAGACACAAGAUGUUGUCCCUGAUAUAGUUACAAUGGGUAAACCAAUGGGAAAUGGACACCCUGUAUCAGCUGUUGUCACCACUAGAGAAAUCUCAGAAACUUUUAAAGAAUGUGGGAUGCAAUACUUUAACACAUUUGGUGGUAAUCCGGUGUCCUGUGCCAUUUCCCUGGCUGUAAUUGAUGUCAUACAGAAGGAAGGCCUCCAGAAUCAUGCACUUGAAGUGGGUAACCACAUGAUGUCAGAGGCUAAAAAACUCAUGCAGAAAUACCCCAUUAUUGGGGAUGUUCGGGGCCAUGGACUGUUCAUUGGUAUAGACUUUGUGAGGAACAGAAAAACUAGAGAGCCUGCCACUGAAGAAGCUAAAUACAUUGUUAAAAAAAUGAAAGAAGACUACAGAAUUUUGCUAAGUACUGACGGGCCUUAUGACAAUGUGUUGAAGAUGAAACCACCGAUGUGUUUCUCCACAGAAAACUGUGAUUUCUUACUAAAGUCACUGGAAAUCCUGCUGAAGGAGGUCACUGAGAGAGAAUUCCCGCCUAGUCAUCGCUGGAGUGUUAUAGAUGCAACCAGGCCGGGAACCAGAGUCAUGCAUCUUAAAGCUUCACUAUAGAUGGUACAUGAUGGAAACCAGGGCAAAAUUUAUAUUAAGAAUGAUUUAUGGUAUCAUAUGACCUUAACAAUGUUGGUGCUGCUUAAAAAGCCACCACAUUAAUAAUGGUUAUAUAAUGUGGUAUCAAAAUAUAAGUUUUUGCAAUACAUUGAGUGCAUUUGCAUUUUUCCACUCAUUUAUUUCCUAGCUUUAAUUCUUCCAUUAAUAUAAAGAUUUUGAUAUGUAAUCAAGUCUUUGCUUAAGGUUGCUGGGAUUUUUUGUUACAAGUUGUUAAAUGUUUAAAAAAAUCCACUUUAUAAGGAUAUUUUAAUAUUUUUGUCCAAAAUGAUGUUUUUGUUAGAAAAGGGUAAAUGGUAGAUAAUAUCAUAGAUUAAUGCAUUAUAAGUAACCAGUUGGUGUUAUGUUUAGACACAUUUAUUCAACGUGAAUGGAAACUAUUCUGAUUUUCUGGUGUGUACACAACGCCCCUCUUUUUUCUCUUAUUUUAUAGAUUUUAUUGUCUCUUAAUUUCAAAUCAGUUUCACUGAAAUAUGGUUAUUCCCCUGUUUUAAAUGUAUUGUUUUUACUUCUUAUCUAUUUGGCUGAUUUGAUCUUCAAGUUACCAAAUAUUAAUCAGCCUGUAGCAUUUAUUGAAAAUUAAUCAAUAUUUACUUCAAGUAAUUCUUUUUGUUAUUUUUACAGUUGAUGAUGGUGAG